GUGUGGGAGAGGUAGUUGAACGGCAGUGUCAGUAUCAUGGCGGGGCAGGGCGACACGGGGACUAAAGAGGAAAUUAAAACUCAGUUCACUACAGUAGAGGGAGUGUAUAGACUACUGUCACCGUCAGAAUAUAGUCGUCCUAAUCGAGUCGCGUACAGCAGCAGCGGUGGCGGCGGCUCCACCCCGGCGGUGAGGGUGUCGCUAGUGAAGGUAUCUGACUCCCCGGGCCACGACCACGACAGGACCAAAAUAUGCUUUAAUUAUGGCAGAGAACUGUUUGUGUACACGUACAGAGGAAUUAAAAAGGCAGCAGACCUCACCAAACCUAUAGAUAAGCGAUCAUACAAUAAAGAAGAUGUGCCAACCUGCCAUGACUUCAAUUCUAAAACAGCCACUGCUGAUGGGGUGUCCCUCCUAGUGGGUCUGCUGGGAGGACAGAUACAACUUAUUGAUCCCAUCACCAAGGAAGUUAAUAAAGCAUACAAUGCUGGUGAGAGACUAAUAGACAAGACGAAGGUGACAUGUGUGCGGUGGGUCCCUGGGUCCCCCAAUCAGUUUCUAGCAGCUCACAGCAGUGGGCACAUGUACACCUACAAUGAGGAGCUAUUGUGUGGCGUGGACCGGCCCCACUAUCAGCUCUUCAAGCAAGGUGAAGGCUACUCUGUCUACACAUGCAAAACGAAAAGUACCAGAAACCCAUUGUACCGGUGGGUGAUAGGUGAGGGGAGCAUAAAUGAGUUUGCCUUCUCACCAUGCUCAAAAUACCUUGCCGUGGUGUCUCAGGAUGGAUACCUUAAAGUGUUUAACUUUGAUACAAUGGACCUGGUGGGAACAGCCAGGAGUUAUUAUGGUGGACUUCUGUGUGUGUGUUGGUCGCCUGAUGGCCGCUAUGUUGUGUGUGGUGGAGAGGAUGACCUCAUCACUGUGUGGUCCUACAAAGAAAAGAGAGUAGUGGCCAGAGGACAAGGGCACAAAAGUUGGGUCACUGUGGUGGCCUUUGACUCCUUCACAAGUGUUUACAGUGAUGCGGAAGUGGUCGAUGGGUGCAGUGACGAUACAACUAAACACAAUAGCUUUAGUAAUGAUGUGCAUAAUAGUAAAACAAACAGUGGUGUACCUAAUUCCAGGCCAAGCUCAAACAGGAAUUCUGUGGCCUCGGAUUGUUCGGGCAUGUCCUUCAUUACGAGUUACCGACUAGGAUCAGUUGGACAGGACACACUACUCUGUUUAUGGGACCUGAAAGACGACGCCCUCACACAGCCGUACAGACGACCCCGGUCCAGUACAGUGGUGAGCAGUAGUGGAGUGGUUGCGGGAAGUGGUGUACCCCAGGCAGGACAGGCGACUACUAAUUCCAAGUGCAACAGUGUGAAGGAUUCUGUGGCUACUGACUCCUCCCACCACUCUCAUUCUGCCAACUCCCUCACGGCUAAGUUAGCUAAUCUUAAUUUUGGUGAAAAGAAAGACAAAGAAAAAAGUGAAAAAGAUCAUAAAAGAAGUCUCAGCCUUGCAUCAAAAAAUUCUACACAAAACUGUAAAGGAUAUGUAAAUAAAAACCAAAUAGUAGGAUCGUCAGUCCCUUCUGAAGACUCACAGAAGCCCAUGGGCACUCCACUCUGUCCACGGCUGGAUGAGUGCCCCAUGCUGGAGCCCAUGGUAUGCAAGAAGAUUGGCCAUGAACGAUUGUCAGGCUUGGUAUUCAGGGAAGACUGUGUCAUUACCUCAUGUCAGGAUGGCUGUAUCCUCACCUGGUGUCGUCCAGGCAAGCAGCCUGGAAGCAACCAGCAUUCAACACCAAGCCCUACUACAGCAGUGGCCAUGGGUGGGGGACCCAUGCCCUCAGGGGGAACAGUUGUGUAGCCUAAGCGAUUGUGGCAGUCCUAUUGCAAGGAUUGUCACAGGGGCCAAAGGGGGGAAAGGUUUUGCCAGAGAGGUGAGGAUGCUGGUAGUUUAAUGUGCUGUGAGUUAGCCUAAAAUACUUUUGCCUCAUUCAUCUACUCAUUAAUGGGCCAACACAUAAUUUGUAAAACAGGCAGUUUGCCCAGAUGCCACAGAAGUUGGGAGGCAGAAAUUAUGGUCUUUGGUGAAUAAAGCAGCUUUGUUAGUUUUGUGUCAGGUUCUUAAUGUGAAUGCCCCAUCUUAUCUAAGUUUAGGACCGAGGCCUUACUGAUCACUUAAGGUAAUUUAUAAAAAAUUUUCACACAUUUUCAAAUUUGUUGAAAUGUUCAUCAUAUGAAUUCUGCAGUUGUCACAGCAGUAAUCUUGUUAUAUAUAUAUAUAUA